GUUAUCGAGUAGGCAUCGAGUACAAGUGCAGUUGCUGUCGGGGUCGGUCGUUUGCGUCGCUGCGUUAUUGGUGUUUUUUCGUGUAAAUUGUUUUUGUUUGAUAAUUUUGCAUAAGACUAAAUGUGCUAAGUGUAUUAUUAAUAAUUGGGGCCAAAUAAGAUGCCCAGAAUUUAAUGUGCAGUGGACUUUAAGCAUUUGCAAAAAUUUCAUAAGCAAUAACGACAGAAAAAAACAAUGAAAGAUAUGAUUCAAUGACGUCGCGAAUCCAAAUCGUGAAUCGACAAAGAGCAAGAGAAAGAGCAAUAGCAAGAGCAAGAGAGGGGAAGAGUGCCAAGUGAACAGCCGCCUGUGUAUGUUUAUGCGGGCUGCUGCUACUAGUGACAAUACAAAUCAAAUUAAAAGUGUAACAUAUAAAAAUAGCAGAUUGAGGUAGCAUAAAAUAAAUCAACACAUCAAUUUGAUUGAAGCAUGUGCUAGAAAGCAAGCAAAAUCACAUCCAAAUGGAUUCACGUAUUAAAAACGACGUGAAGAAACUCUUUGAGUUUUGGUGCGAACUUAAACCCACACGCGGCAUCGAUCGGGGCAGCAUAUGUCGAAAUGGAAGAGGCGCUGCAACGCCCCCUGGCGUCAUUAUCGAAAGCUUCCCAGAGGGCUUUCGCGAUAAGGAGGUGAUCGCCGGCAUUCCGUCGUUUGCGUUUCCCUGUGAUCUCGAAAGGGACUCAGUGCAAUCCUAUUCCUUUGUGCAUACCACCGGCGAUUCGAAAUGGCGAUUCGGCUUCUGUCGUCACGAUCCCAAGACGGAUACGGCGAUGGUGCUGAUCACCUAUCUGCCCUGGCAUGAUACCUUCCUCAAGCUAUUGAUCGUGUUGGCCGAGCUGAGACGAACUGAUCGAAAUGGAUUUCGCACCUUCCUCUCGGAGGCCUACAACAGAGGCGUGCCCGAUUCGGGCGGCAGUCUAACGGUAUUCUAUAACAGCGGACAGAGCCAUUUUACAUUCGAACGUCCGCUGCAGUUUCAGCUGCCCAGCAUACCAGAAAAUCAUAACCUCAAUCUGUAUUACAAUUUUGUGGAUUCCAAGGGGAUGAUUUGCGUGUUUGCUGCCAUGCUCGCCGAACGUCGAAUUAUAUUCACAUCCAGCCAUCUGGAUAGGCUCUCCUCUUGCAUUCAAGCAGCCAAUGCAUUCCUCUAUCCAAUGGUCUGGCAGCACGUAUUUAUUCCGGUGCUACCCUGGGAAUUUAAGGAUGUCUUGGGCGCACCCAUGCCAUAUUUAAUUGGUGUGCCAAAGCCAGUGCUUGAUACUGCUUCCGCCGAUGAGCUGGGCGAUGUUGUGAUCUUAAACUGUGAUACGAAGCUGUUUGAAAGUCCCUUUGAUGAUGUGCGCUCACUGCCGCCAGAGAUUGUGUCACAGCUUAAGAAAUACCUGAAUCCCACACAGGUUCUCAUUGGAGAUCGUAUCUCGAAGAUAUUUCUGGGUGCACUCGUUCAACUGAUUGGCGGCUAUCGGGAUGCUGUUGAGUUUCACGACACCUGCAAGACGUUCAAUCACGACAAAUUCAUUGAAUCUCGUCCCGCACAUUUGCGUCCAUUUCUUACCAAAAUGAUGGAGCUGCAAAUCUUUGCGCAAUUUGUUGACGAUCGACUGAAGAUGCUGAACAGCGGAUUGGGUUUCUCCGAUGAAUUCGAGCUGGAAACCGUGCGUUAUGCGGAAAAGAUGAAGAAACGUGGACGUAACUACGUCUUCCUAAAGCAUAUGAAGGACAAGACUAAUCCAGCUGUUAAGUCUGCCGUCAAAUCGGUCAAGGAGAGCUCACGUGGCGUUAAGACCGCCUACAAGAAGUGGCGUGACAACGGCACUCAGCAUCCCAAUCAACAAUUCCACUUUGGCCUGGGCUCGCCACAGCACUCGGAUCGUCCGGACGGCAGCAGCAACGGCUCUGUGUACGGCCGGAAGGUUACACACCGUUCGGCGCCAAGUUCACCGGUUUGCGGCAAGCGGCAAAUGGAGGCGGAGAUCAUUGUGAAUGGCAUUUCUAACCCCAGGGUGCAAUCAUCACUGCCAUUGCAUGCAGCGCCAGCUCGUCGUGCUGGUGCUCCCGUCUCGCUGGCCAUGUCCAGCUCGAGCAGUCACAUUCCGGCAAAUGGUUAUGCGCUGCGUCCCAAUCAUGAUCAUCAUGUGGUGGGUGCGUCUCCGGCUGUUAGCUCGGCCAGCUCGAUCUGCUCAUCGGAGAUGAAUCUGUCGCAGGAGCUGCAGAAUCAUCCGCUCUUUAAGACGCCCGCCGUUGAUCGCAGCCUUAAACCAAAUGCCGAACACCAGAGCACACGCUUGCGUCUCGCAGCAGGAGCAAAUGGAGCAGCGCCCGCACGUCCUCCGCCGCCCACGCAGCCCGCCUCCUACUACAAUCAUCCGUAUGCGCCCAACUCCAACGCCAACGUGGAGUCCAAGCCGCGUCACACUUCCACGCCCACCAAGUCUUCGCGGGCACUGGCCACAACGGACUCGAGCUUUGACAAUCCGCCGGAUAUGCAAUCGCCGCCAAUACCGCCGCGGCGUCAGUGCAGCGCCAAUGCUGUGGUGGCUGCCACAGCGGCAGCAGUUAGUGCUGGCAUUAAUCGACUGGAACGUAAUUGCUGGCAGGAUGAUGAGCCGCAUCCGCAGCCGCAUCCGAAUCCGAAUGAUUCAUUGCGUGGCUCAAACAACUCGUCAGGAUCAACAACUUCGUCUGCGUCGUCGUCCUGCUCGUCGGGCGCUUCGUUUGUAACGGCAGCUUCGAGGUUCUCCCAGCUGAAUGUCUCCUCGCCAAUGGGCUCCGAGUCGGCGCCGAUACCAACGCCGCGGGCCAAAAGAGAGUCACCGCGCAGCAACAGCAGCGCACAACCGCAGCCGGAGGACAGCAUGAACGAUCUGAUAUCGCUGGACGAUAGCAACAACACUAGCUUCGAUCUGGAGGACUUUGAUCCGCUGAAUCAGAAUGCGCGACCACUGCCGCCGCUGGGAGGGAAAUCCUUUAUCAGCCACAAAUCCAAGUCCAGCACACUUCCCGCCGGCGUCAACAGCAGCGUCGUCAUGCAGGCCCAAAACAGUGUCAACAAUCCGCUGUAUCCUUAUUUUGCUCCCAAGCAUAUGGCCACUGUGGCGGCUGUCACAAGCCGUGUAACUCCGUUACAACGCAAACCGGAUGAUGACUUUGAGCUGUUGCGCAAAUACGGACUUGACCAGUUCUCCUUGAAUGUAAACACAGCGACAACUCCAAACAGCAGCACAACAACAACGCCAGCUCUAACUGCAGCUGCUGGCGGUGGCAAGGGCAUGAAUAAUUGGACGACCUUUGAUUAAUUAUAACAAAAAAAAAAAAAAAAUAGAUAAAGAAAAGGAGUUUAGUUCGCUUGAAAGUAUACCAAAAUAAGUGUGAUUAGGUUUAUGAUUGUGUUGUAUAUAUAAAUAUAGCUAGGCAUAGGAGUAGGCAAGUCACACCUGCAAAAUGAUAUCAGACAAAACCUUAAAUAUUAUUAUACAUACAAAAUAUACAAUAUUAUAUAUAAAUAUGUACGUCAUAUUCUAGUUAUACAUAGUUCAAAGGCCGGUUCGAAAGCAAAACUCUUGUGUUAAAUCAACUAUUAGCGGCUUAUCAACAAAUUGCGACUAUUUCACAAAAAUCAAAUAAAAAAAAAACUACAUUGGACUUCCAAAUCAAAAGACACAUGAGAAUUUAGCGUAGCCAGAAUUUAAUCCAGUUAGCUUAUAUAAACAAAUAAAUUCAAAUUUAAAAUAUA